UUCACGGCUGGGCUCAGUGUCGUGCGGCACCCGGUCCGUCGCCAGCGCAAAGGGCGAGAGGGAGAGCAGCUGUCUCUAUGUCCACGAAAGGGAGAAAGUACAGCAAGAGGGUCUCGUUCUCCGAAGACGAAGAUGAGCAGUGCUGGAAAGAGGAAAACGGCGGUGUGGAUGCACAUAACGUGAAAUCCAUGAUGACCGUUAGAGAUUCUUCAGGAUAUUAUCGACACAAUAUGAAUUCGGAGGACAGCUUCAGCCAUCAGAGGAUGACCAUGCAACGGGAGAAGGGUCGGCGGCAGGCGGUGCGCGGGCCCGCCUACAUGUUCAACGCCCGCGGCACGAGCCUGACCUCGGAGGAGGAGCGCUUCCUGGACGCCGCCGAGUACGGUAACAUCCCUGUGGUGCGCAAGAUGCUGGAGGAGUCGGAGACCCUCAACGUCAACUGCAUGGACUACAUGGGCCAGAAUGCACUGCAGCUCGCGACGGGCAACGAGCACCUGGAGGUGACGGAGCUCCUCCUGCGGCGGGACAACCUGGCACGCAUAGGCGACGCCCUGUUGUUGGCCAUCAGCAAGGGCUACGUGCGCAUCGUGGAGGCCAUCUUGGCUCACCCGUCCUACGUGAGCAGCGAGCGGCUGACGCGGAGCCCCGGCGAGCUCCAGGACGACGACUUCUACUCGUACGACGAGGACGGCACGCGCUUCUCGCCCGACAUCACGCCCAUCAUCCUCGCCGCCCACUGCCAGAAGUACGAGGUGGUGCACAUGCUGCUGCUGAAGGGGGCGCGCAUCGAGCGCCCGCACGACUACUUCUGCAAGUGCAACGACUGCACGGAGAAGCAGCGCAAGGACUCCUUCAGGCACUCGCGCUCGCGCAUCAACGCCUACCGGGGGCUGGCCAGCCCCGCGUACCUCUCGCUGUCCAGCGAGGACCCCGUGCUCACCGCGCUGGAACUCAGCAACGAACUCUCCAAGCUGGCCAACAUCGAGAAGGAGUUCAAGGAUAAAAAGAGCCAUAAAAAAGAGACUACGCAGCACAAUUGCUUCUCCCUGAAUGACUAUCGCAAGCUGUCUAUGCAGUGCAAGGACUUUGUGGUGGGGGUGCUGGAUCUGUGCCGGGACACAGAGGAGGUGGAGGCCAUCCUGAACGGCGACAUCACCGCGGAGCUGGAGGAGGGGCAGCAGCUCCGAUCCCUCCUCAGUCGCGUCAAGCUGGCCAUCAAAUACGAGGUCAAAAAGUUUGUGGCCCAUCCUAACUGCCAGCAGCAGCUGCUGACGAUCUGGUAUGAGAACCUGUCUGGCCUGAGGGAGCAGACCAUCGCAGUCAAGUUCCUGGUGGUGCUGGGGGUGGCGUUGGGCCUCCCCCUGCUCGCCGUCGGCUACUGGUUCGCCCCGUGCAGCAAGCUGGGAAAGGUGCUCCGCAGUCCCUUCAUGAAGUUUGUGGCGCACGCCUGCUCCUUCGUCAUCUUUCUGGGCCUGCUGGUGUUCAACGCCUCGGACCGCUUCGAGGGCAUCACCACGAUGCCCAACGUGACCGUCACCGACCACCCCCUGCAGAUCUUCCGGGUCAAGACCACGCGCUUCUCCUGGACAGAGAUUCUCAUCAUGGUGUGGGUGGCAGGGAUGAUGUGGUCGGAGUGUAAGGAGCUCUGGACAGAAGGCCCCAGGGAGUACAUCCUUCAGCUGUGGAAUGUUCUAGAUUUCGGCAUGCUUUCAAUUUUCAUUGCGGCUUUUACCGCCCGGUUCUUCGCCUUCCUCCAGGCCAUGAAAGCACAGGAGUAUGUCGAUGAGAACAUCACAGCACCUGACCUUUCCAUGGUGACCCUCCCACCUGACAUACAAUAUUUCACCUAUGCCAGGGACAAAUGGCUUCCCUCGGACCCUCAGCUCAUCUCUGAGGGUCUCUACGCCAUCGCCGUGGUGCUGAGUUUCACUCGCAUCGCCUACAUCCUCCCUGCCAACGAGAGCUUCGGACCACUCCAGAUCUCACUGGGCCGCACAGUCAAGGACAUCUUCAAGUUCAUGGUCCUCUUCAUCAUGGUCUUCCUGGCGUUCAUGAUCGGCAUGUUCAUCCUCUACUCGUACUACUUGGGUGCCAAAGUAAACCCCGCCUUCACCACGGUGGAGGAGAGUUUUAAGACCCUGUUCUGGUCUAUUUUUGGCCUGUCAGAGGUGUCCUCUGUGGUGCUGAAAUAUGACCAUAAGUUCAUUGAGAACAUCGGCUACGUGCUCUACGGGAUUUACAACGUCACCAUGGUGGUGGUACUACUGAACAUGCUCAUCGCCAUGAUCAACAGCUCCUAUCAGGAGAUAGAGAACGAUGCAGACGUGGAGUGGAAGUUUGCCCGCUCUAAGCUAUGGCUGUCCUACUUUGACAACGGGAAGACUCUCCCUCCACCCUACAGCAUCGUGCCCAGCCCCAAGUGCUUCUUCCAGGGCAUCAGGCGCCUCAUCGGCUGCCUGCGCUGCAAAAGGAGGAGCAUGAAGAAGGACGUGGAGCUGGGGAUGGACAGCUCCAAGUCCAGGUUAAACCUCUUUACCCAAUCAAACAUCCGCAUCGCAGAGUCACAGAGUUUCAACAGCAUCCUUAACCAGCCCACACGCUAUCAGCAAAUCAUGAAACGGCUCAUUAAGCGCUACGUUUUGAAAGCACAAGUCGAUAAGGAGAAUGACGAGGUCAACGAAGGCGAACUGAAGGAGAUCAAGCAGGACAUCUCCAGCUUGCGCUACGAGCUGUUGGAGGAUAAGUCCCAGGCCACAGAGGAGCUGUCCUUUCUCAUUCAGAAACUCAGCGACAAACUCAGCCUGGGCCCCAUACGCUGCGAGUGACAGGAGGGGCGGACCCGCCGGGUCAGCCGGCACCACUGACAGCGGCUCCGAGGAGCUCACUGCUGCCUCUCGGAGAAGAAAAUCAAACAUGGAUGACGUGGACUCAGUGGACUCUCCGUGUCUACAAGGCAGGAAGCUGCCGGCGAACAAUACUGUGGUGUCACUCUCAAAGGGAAAUGUCCAUUGUAACAAUUGUUUUUUUUUUCUUUGUUAUAUGCAGUCAUUUGGGUUUGGUGUGUCUCCUAUGUCUGGUCCUUUUGUCUUUAUUUGAGCUGUUUUACAUUGUCAUUCAUAUGUUGUCUUUGUGGAUGUUAUCAAUGUAACUACACUGUAUACAGAUUUACAAUUACAAAAAUAAACAGGAAGUAUAUUUAUUAUAUUAUUCAGACAAUAUUUCUGAUUAUGGUGUCCUAUAAGGGACACAGUGUAGUUUUGUCACAGUUGAAGGUAUUUUAGCUUUCGUAACAUGUCCAGGUAAAGGUAUAAGCUAUGGCAAUAACACUCACUCUGUGAAUCAUACUCAUGAUAUCCAUGGUAUGUCCCAUGUGUUUUACCAAACCGAGAAAGAUAUUUUAAGAGACUGCUUUUGAAAUAAAUAAAGUGUAAGAUACAAAUUUGAUUUAAAGUGUCUGAGGUGUAAAUGCUGAUCAUAAUGUAUAGUACCAAUAGCGUAUGCAAUGAUAUUGAAAGGCACUUACAGUUUUCUGUUAUCAUUUCUGGUUUCCUAUAUAACUCUGUUUAUCUGUUAUUUAUUAAAACGUUUUUAAGAAAGUGACUGCUGGGAGGACCGAGUGUAUGCGGUCUGAGCACAAGAUGACCUGGGCUGCAUGAAUGUAGUGGUUCUAUGUAUAGCCAUGUAUAUGUAUGUAUUGCGUACGACACCACCCUUUUCAUAUUUGUCUGUCUCUGUCUGUUUGGUUUAUGAUUAAUUGUUUUCGUGUUCACAUUUAAAGUCAGACUUUAGUUGGAUGUUUAUUUUCAGGUGUGGGAGUAAUGGAGUUGUGGAGGACUCGUUCAGUCCCACGUAAUGAUCUUAUUGAAGGAAGAUAAAGCUUUCUUUUUACCCCAGUGGAAGUUUAAAAAGUUUAGAAAAAGCCAGUACUUUAGAGAGUCCUGUAAGAUACUAAUAUUUCUGGGUAAUACUGCUCACCAUCAUGUGUUAUUUUAAGUACAAAGCCUGUGCAGGAUCAAUGUUUUCUUAUGGUUGACUAGACCUCAAUACAUAUUAGGGGACACUUAGAGCAAGAAUGUGAAUCUAAAAUAGCAUCUGAUUGACUGUGAUUUUAUGUUGCAAUGACAUUUUGAUUCAUUUAUAUUGACCAAGUUAGUCAGGAAUUGAUAUAUCUUUUUAUUCACAUAUGCCAAAAAAGAAUAUUUUAUUAGACUGAAUAUAAUGAAAUAUUGUGUGUGUGCAAUUCCAUAUGUACUGGGAGACUGUGGCAGUAAGGUAUGUGGUAUGGAUAAACAGCUCAGUGAGAGCAAUCAAACAAAGAUCACAUAGGGAUGUUUUGCUGAUGUAAUAGUUGAUUCGCAAGUAUAAAUCAAAUGUUGUCUGGACAAAUUUGUUUUCUAAAGAUUCACCAUUUACACACACACACACACACAUUUGACUAAUAUAAACUAUGCAUUUUCAUAUAGACUAGUUUAUUGUAUAUACGUAACUAUUGCUAUCUUUAUUCUUAUUUCAGCCAUUUUUAGCGCAGCUUCUGUACCUGCACUUUUGAGAUAUCGACACCACUCCAGCCCUGCCAUGUCUGUCAUGAUAUCAUGUAAUGCUCUUGUAAGAAUGGUUGCAGUGACUCCUGUUGUUCUUUUAUUAUUGUCGUUUUUCAUCCCUAUUUUUUCCAUUGAAAUGAAUGGUGGAACGUUCAACUAUUGUGAUGUCACUCGCUCUGCCAGCUGUACACUAGGUACCCCGAUGGUAGCUGGCAUAGCUGGCUAUUUCAGUCGCGCCAUUAAGCUUACAUACUGUAUCUGGCUGCGUAUCAGAGAUUUUCCCGAACCUUAAAUGAAAGAUUAUAGAGCGCGAAGCGCUAAUUUCAAUUUCAUCCACACCAUUAAGGUUAAAUGUCUAGCUGUUGUCAGAGAUUUUCAGGUGUUUGGCAUACCAUGGUAAUACAUGUGGUGCACUAUUGUGCUAUAGUAUUUGUGCUACAGUGGUUAGCACUGGGUUCCAUUCCCAGCCAAUACAGUAUGCUUUUGUAACUCGCCAUUACGUUUACAUGUCCGGCUGGAGUUCAAAGAUACUCCUCUUGCCCAGGACCAUUCGUGUGUGAAGGGUUUGUUUGAAAAAGUCUUGAAGUUCUAUUUGAACUUUGGGUGUGUUAAAUCACCAAGUAGUCUAAGGUGUUUCCACCUUAAAAUGUUUAAGAUCCUAGUAGUAGAGUAGUCAUCAUAAUUAAUUUCAGUUAACUACAAUGCUAUUUCUAGAAUCUCAAACCUUAAACGUAAACACACCUUACUUGUGAUUAAAUACACCAAGCAUCGUCUCAUAUUGACUGCAAUUAUUCAAAUAAAGACUCACCUUCACACACAGUCCUGGGAAAGAGUAUUGUACUAUUAUUUGUAAUGAAGCACCAUGUCUUUGACAGGCUAAGCAAUACAGUUCAUAGGAAGACAGGCUGAUAUAUUAUGCUUUCCCUUCGAGAGAGGGAAAUGUCACCGUCUAUGACAUCGGACCAGAGUUUAAAAGGAUCUCUCUAAAAUGUGUCAAUAUAUUUUGUUCAUUCUUUGUCUAUCGCUCUUUCAGGUGUGGAAGUGUAUUCUAAAAGUGCAUUGAUGUAUUUAUUAUGGUUUAAAAUCGAGAUACAGGGCAAAAUGUCUGUGGCCUUUAGACUAGGUCAGACUUUCAACAUAGAUUUCUCAAAAUUGGGUUGAUAGAUUUUGUGAAUUCUUUCUGUAUGGGUCUUUUAGGUGUGGUAGGGUAUUUUAAAACUGAAAUGGUGUAAAUAAUAAUAAUACUAAUAUAUAUAUAUAUAUAUAUAUAUAUAAAGGACAUUCACACAAAUAACUUCAAAUAGAGUGAACUGAAGUCGAUGGACACUGUAAACCUAAGAACAGCCAAGUCCAAAGAAACUGACUUUAAAAGAGAAGAAGAAAAGAAACUUUAAAUCAUUAAAAGUGACGGAUAGCUUGACACCGGUAGUCUGAACUAGACUCUAUAUAUACUAUACACCCCAAUAAUAACAAACUUGUACGUUUUCCCAUUUGAUGAAUCAGUGUCACAUCUGCUGUCAAAUAAGGUAAAAGUACUAUUAUUGUAGUCACAUGGCCACACUCAUCCCCAGUUCUAAUGAAACCCUGUAGAUCUGUAACAGAGGGUUUCAUACGCCAUGUUUUCUCUUCUUUUCAAAUUGGUUGAAUGGUUUAAUUGAACGAGUUAACAAUUUAACCAUAUUUCUUAUAUUAGAAACACAUUAUUGUCUAAACAGUCAAACUUUGCUUUUGACACGUACUUAAUGUCAAUUAAACACAAAACAGCCAAGUAGACUCAUUCUCAACGACGUGGGUUUCUUUAGUCACUCAGUGUAGCUUGUUAGUCCAAUAAAAUAUUCAGAAUUUUCAAAAAUGAAA